CGGCUCUGGGUGGAAUCUGCGAACUCUGCCCCGGAGCGCGGAGCGGGCUGGGGAGGGGCCGUGCCCACCCAGGCCCUCCGAGGAGCCCUCGCGCCGCGUACCCCAGCCGGUGCCCCCAGCACAGCCCUCCAUCUCUCCGAGUCUACCUGGAUGCACAUAACUUCUUCCCAGUGUCCAUUUCCUUCUUCUUUCUUUGCUUUAAUCCACGCUUCUCUUCCUCCCAAGCAGCCCAUUAUUUCUCUUCGCCCUCCACCCCUUUCCUCACCCUCCCUUCCCUAUGACUUUCCCUGCUUCCCCUGCCUCAUCCCCUCUCCUCUCUGCUGCUCAGAAGGGCAGAACGAGGAACCUGGGGAGUGGGUUUGUACGGGAAGGAAGUUGCCUUGGAUCGGGCGAUUUUGCGAACCUUAAGGAAGGUGUCCGCAGGGGAAGGAGGUGUUUUCAAUCUGACUUCCACACUACCCUCUCCCCGCCCCUCUCUCCUCCUUCCCAUAGGGCUGCCCAAUAUGCCUGCUCCCUCCUUGGUCACGCACUGCAGAAACAUGGGGCAAGUCCUGAACUUCAGAAGCAAAUACGACAGCUGGAGGGCCAUCUGAGCCUUGGACGAAAGCUUCUUCGCCUGGGUAACUCAGCAGAUGCCCUCGAGUCCGCCAAACGGGCUGUGCAUCUGUCAGAUGUCGUCCUUCGAUUCUGCAUCACUGUCAGCCAUCUCAAUCGAGCCUUGUACUUUGCCUGUGACAAUGUCUUGUGGGCUGGAAAGGCUGGGUUGGCACCCCUUGUGGACCAGGAGAAGUGGGCCCAGCGUUCAUUCAGGUAUUACUUAUUUUCUCUCAUCAUGAAUUUGAGCCGUGAUGCCUACGAGAUACGACUACUGAUGGAACAGGAGUCUUCAGCUUGUGGCCGCCGGCCGAAGGGGUCAGCAGGAGGGACCCUGGGAGGCAGUGAAGCAGGGGGUGUGGCAGGGGUCGGUACCCCAGGAGGGAGUCUGCCCCAUCUGGCCCUGCAGCUCCGGCUUCGAGUUCUUCUCCUUGCCCGGGUCCUCCAAGGCCAUCCCCCCCUCCUGCUGGAUGUGGUCAAAAAUACUUGUGACCUCUUCAUCCCACUGGACAAGCUGGGCCUAUGGCGUUGUGGCCCUGGAGUUGUGGGGCUCUGUGGUCUGGUGUCAUCCAUCCUAUCUAUCCUUACCUUACUCUGUCCCUGGCUCCGACUAAAGCCCUAAAACCAAAUUUCUAGGGUAGAAGAGAGUCUGAGCUGGGAACGGGGAGAGGUGGCAGGUUCUUUCUGUUGUUCCAUUGUCCCCCUGACUUUCCUUUUAAAGGAGUUAAAACUCAAGCUUGAAGGAUUACAGAUGAAGAGUGACUAGGGGGAAAAGGGCAGCCCUUGGAUUCAAUGGGAGAAUUCUCUUCCUCUCUUACUGCGAUGAUUCUUUGUCUCUUGAGUUUCUUCUUACUAUUUUUUAAAUUAAAAUUUAUUUUUUUCAAUCAACAAAAAUCCUCCUUCUCUCCCUCCCACUGAGAAAGAAAAACAGAUCCCUGGUCCAAACAUGUAUGGUUAUUUUACUUUUUUCCUAGUCUCUCUCAGAUUUAUUUCUGAGAGUCUUUAAAUUCCUCCUCAUCCUCCAUCCUAGUUAUUUAAUUAUUAGCUGCAUUUCCAUUGAGGGAAGAAGAGAGACCCAGGAUUUUGAUCCGUCAUGCCUUAGCUGUUUCCCUUUCAGUGCAGAUGGAGAGUCAUGGGCCCAUGCAGGAGAAUUGCUCAACAGUGUCUCCUCUCAGCUCCUUUUCCCUGGGUGCCGGGCUUUCCUUUCCAGAGCCAUUUGGGUUUUCUCCUCCUCUCCUCUCAUCUCCUACCUUCCCCUUGACUUGGCCCUUCCCAUCUUCACUCCUCUGUUUCUGGGAAUGGUUUCUGUUUCUCAGCCCUUUUUACCUUCUCCCCAGGUCCACUCCCACCCUGUGGUGCUGUCUGUGUUCAGCAUCCUGUUGUAAAUACUGUACAAUGAAACUGUAAAUAGCUGUGGCCAGAGCCUCUGCUGGCUGGCCAACUCAGAAGGGCAGCGAAUUAAAGAACCGUCUUGCUCACUG